AACAUGUGCUCGAGACGCCAUGGUAUAAUCCACCGGAGAUACCCUAGAGACCUCAUCAUGACCGAAGAGUUGUAAACGGGAGGAGUCUCGAAAGUAUCCUACGCCACUUUAUAACUCCCACCUAUGAUCGAAGGCUCGGGUACGGAUCGUCCUCGCCAGGCAGCAUUUAAUAUCCAGAGGGUGGGCUCUGGCGGCACAGAUAUCUCCACAGAUAUCUCCAUGGUGACAAGCUCCAUCGGCGUACUUUCGUUUCAGGACGACAACGCAUCGAACUGGGAGUUUCUCUCGCCAGAAUAUGCAGUUGUGCCAUGGUCGAAGCACGGGCGUGGACAACUCACCAUUGAGCUCGCGUUCUUCUGGACGACCUUGGGUCCACACACAGAAGUAGCUUCUCGCUACCAGCGCUUGGACAGCUGGGGCAAGGGUGGCCAAGGAUAUGUCCGCAAUACAUCUGAUCUCAAAAUGGAGAUACUACCGAAGCGCGCGGUUAUUUAUGAGGGAGACGUAGAAAAUGUAGAGUAGCUAGAAGCAGAUGAAUAUAACGAGGAGCAGGGGGACCAGAGUGCCGGGGGGGGCCGAACGUGGAGGGGUCUGAAGCGGGGCAGUUGCACAAACCAGCUCGGAACGGGUCAAUUUGGAGGGGGUCAGCUCUAGUGGGAGG